AUGGCUUCGGCCCUCUUCUUCCUUGACCUCAAGGGCAAGACCCUUCUGGCGCGCAACUAUCGUGGUGACAUUCCUAUGAGCGCCGUCGACAAGUUUCCCGUCCUUCUUUCCGAAGCCGAAGAAGAGAGCUCCGCCGUACCUCCCUGCUUCAGCGACGAAGGCAUCAACUACCUCUACAUCCGUCACAACAACCUCUACCUCCUCGCCCUGACGAAGCGCAACUCUAAUGCUGCAGAAAUCCUCCUAUUCCUUCACAAAAUCGUCGAGGUCUUUACCGAAUACUUCAAAGAGCUGGAAGAGGAGAGUAUCCGUGACAACUUCGUCAUCAUCUACGAAUUGCUCGAUGAAAUGAUGGACUUUGGUCACCCACAAACAACAGAAAGCAAAAUCUUGCAAGAAUACAUUACACAAGAAUCACACAAGCUGGAAGUGCAGGCACGACCACCUAUCGCUGUCACAAACGCUGUCUCGUGGCGCUCAGAAGGUAUCCGCUACCGCAAGAACGAAGUUUUCCUCGAUGUCGUCGAAUCCCUCAACCUACUUGUUUCGUCCAGUGGAAACGUCCUGCGCUCCGAGAUUCUUGGUGCCAUCAAGAUGAAGUGUUAUCUGUCUGGUAUGCCCGAGCUGCGUCUGGGUCUCAACGACAAAGCCAUGUUCGAAACCACCGGUCGCGCAACCCGAGGCAAGGCUGUCGAAAUGGAGGACGUCAAAUUCCAUCAGUGCGUUCGUCUAUCGAGAUUCGAGAACGACCGUACAAUCAGCUUCAUCCCUCCGGAUGGUGAGUUCGAGCUCAUGAGCUACCGUCUCAACACCCAAGUCAAGCCUCUCAUCUGGGUCGAAUGUAUCGUCGAAAACCACUCUGGCAGCCGUAUCGAGUAUAUGCUCAAGGCAAAGGCACAAUUCAAACGCCGCUCUACAGCAAAUAAUGUCGAAAUUUCCAUUCCCGUACCAGAAGACGCCGAUACACCACGCUUCAGGACGAAUAUUGGUUCCGUACACUACGCACCCGAGCAGAGCGCUAUUGUGUGGAAGAUCAAGCAGUUUGGUGGUGGCAAGGAGUUCUUGAUGCGUGCUGAGCUGGGCUUGCCAUCAGUGCGUGGUGAUGAUGAGAAGGGUGGCGGUAUGAUGGGUGGCUUUGGUGGCAGCAUGGGUGGUGUCGGUGAUCGUGGUAAAAGCAAGCGACCCAUCAACGUCAAGUUUGAGAUCCCAUACUUUACCACAUCAGGCAUCAACGUCAGGUAUCUCAAGAUCAUCGAACCCAAGCUGCAAUACCCCUCCCUGCCAUGGGUCCGCUACAUUACACAAUCCGGCGACAUUGCUGUUCGUCUACCGGACACGCAAUCAUGA